GCUGUGCAGUUGGAGGGUCUAUUUUUGAAAAGCACCAACACAGGAGGAUGUGGUCUCUGUAUUGUUUCCCUUCGUUGGCGUUUCUCAGUUGUGGUACAUCUGGGAUGAUCUAGGACACAGAUUACAGUGCUCACUGCUAACUGUCUUCUCAUUGACUGCCUCUCGUAAACAAGUUUGGACAGCAGGUGGGCGGGGCUGUUGCGCCUGAGACAACCAUAUAAGGGAUAUCCACUCUCAGUGACAUCAUAUGAAGCCAGGAGAAGAAAAAAGGUGCUGGAAAACACAUGUUUGGAGCAGUCUGGAGCCUUGAAACGUUUUGCUCACAUUUUUUCAUUAGGCAUGCUUAAUAUGAGCAUCCACAAUAUAUAUAAAUGACACAAGAGGUCCCGUUUAAUUUACACUGUGUGCCUCAGAGGGGCCUUUUCCUGUUUUGAUUAGUUGAGAUUAGCUCAUUUUUCCAGUUACAGCGUCCUUAGAAAAAGUACCAGGGGAAAUAUUCCUUCUCAUCCAUGUCAAAGGGCGUAAUUUGAGUUUAAGUAAACACUGCAGCAAACCAUGUCUCAGGGGAAUCUGCUCAUGCUGCUACCUACUUCACUGUGCGCUUUUUAUUGCAGCUAAAUGUGUAAACGCCCAAACCACAGGUGCAUGUAAGUGAAUUCCAGCAAUUCUUUUUUCUUGUGCGACUGUUUUUACUUCAAAGUCACACAUUUGCUUGAUUUAGGACUAAAGAGGCUCAAAUAGGAAGUUGUCCUUUUAUAAGUCAUUUCCAACUUGCUUGUGAGUCACAUGAAUGUGGUGUCACCAGCUGAUUUUAAGAAUGAAAAAGUAGAAGUCGUUGAGCUGUUUUCCACCAGCUCAUCUCCGGUCCACUCCCACAGUCUGUGACUCACUGGCAUUACUAGGAAGUGCCAGUCUGCGGUGUUUUUUUUACCCUGCUGUGGACACCGGUUGGACACUUGCUGUUUGCUUGUGAGAGCAAGUGUUGGUCUGGAAAGGGAUAAACAAUGAUUGUAAAGUGUUGCCAGCACCAUCAGUGGGAAGUCUGAGUGACUGAAGAGACCAGAGACCAAAGGAGACCAAAGCAUCAAAGGGUGUAAUUUAGCUUUUAUUUCUAUUUGUCUGUGGAUGCCUGAGUAGAAGACGAUGCAGACGCUGGAUCAGAGCUCGUGCACCGAGGAUCGAAUCCAGCAUGUCCUCGAGCGCUGCCUCAGUCACCUGGGUGUCGACACUCCUGACACACAGCUCUGGAAAGCCGGACUGUGCAUCAAUCGCUGGUCUUUGGAGGAACUUGUGAAGAGAGAUCCCCACAACUUCCUCAUCCUUCUACAGCAAAUACUGAGGAAAACAAAGGAGGUGCUGGAGCAGUGUCAGUAUGAGCUGGUGGUGCCGCUCUCGCUCUUGUUCUCUUCCACCCUCCUGAGAGCUCCUUACUUGCCAGCAGACUGUGGCGUGCUGCAGGACGCCAACCUGUUGUUCCAUGGUUUCCUGUCCUGGCCCGAGCCCUGCAGUUCUGCUGCUAAACGUCUGCUAAAUGUCAUCCAGCAGGAGCUCCGAGCACCAGGUAUUUCAUUUCAAAGACUGGUAAGGACGGAGCAGGGUAUUUCCCAUGAGAUUCACUGCUCUAAAACCAUCACGGUACUGCUGGUGAGUCCAGACGACGAUGUUCCAACAGAGGUGCAGUCUGUCUCCGAGCAGCUGAGUGUCUCGCAGCACUGCAGCAGAGACGUGACCAUCACUCUGAUCCUGCACAGCUUUCAGGCAGCUCUGGGUACCAAACAUGACCUACAGGAACUCCACAAAGCCCUGCAGAGUAAGCAGCCUGAGGAGCUGGACCAGAUUCUGCAGUCACUGACGGAAAGCAUGGAGAUGGCAGCCUCUGCAGCAGAUCUCAGAUCAGCGAGAGAGGGAAUACUUCAAAGCAUGGAGAGGCUCAAAGAAAGCCUUACUGUACCUGCUCGUGCCGAUGAAGGCACAGACAUGGGAGCUGUUGACAUUUUCACGCUGCCCUUCCCCAAAUGCCACAAAUGCCACUGGGAAAAUGAUAACUUUGAUGUUCUGAAACACAUUCUUGGAGCUCAGAAUGACAUGGAUUUGUCAGACUGUUUCCUUAAAACCGGACUUGACGAUGACGACAAUAACGACACCAGCUUCGAUGAGGAAGAUGAACUGGAAGGAAACAAAGAUGAUCCUGAGUUUCAAAGUCAUCGCAUCUCCACCGCGUCCUCGUCUUCCAGGGACUCUGGCUACUCUCUGUCUUCCAGCUGGUCUGUGCCGUCUGGCUCAUCGGGUGUGGAGUCGGGCGAGGAGACAACACAGGAGGACAUAGAGGAAAGACAAGACAGCCAGACCAAACCUAGAAAGAAACCCAAGAAGAAGUCCAGAUCCCUCCUAGGUUUCUCCUUGCUUUUUAAGCCCCCUCGCAGCCCUAGGGUUUGCCGCCGUGUCCAGAGCAUGGCCUACCACAAAGACUUUCAAAGAACUCAGUCACAGCUCAAACACUCCAAGGUUCAUCCCCUUCAUGAGUCCCCUCCUCCCUUGGAUCCUCUUUCCCCCCAAAAGCAUUUGUGCGUCCGCAGGAGGCCGAUCCUGAGUUGCAACGAGGAGGAUCUGGUAGAAGCACCUACCCUCGUCAAGGUGGUGGUGUUUGGAGGUGACAGAGAGGCUGGAAGGCUGGCCAGAGCCUACAGCGACCUGCAUCAGAAAGAGAGCAAAUGUCCCCAGCUCACCAAGGUGUGCAAGCUGCAGUUUUACUUUGUUCCCACCAAAAGACGAAGUGGAAGUCCUGGAGGAGGGCACACACCAACUGAGGAGCGGAUAGGAGGUUUAACCAAAACCACUACCUCUGCGGACUCAAAUGGCCUUGCAGUGGACGACUGUACAACAGAUAUAGCUCACAUGCUGGGUAUAAUGGAUCCCUGGUAUGAGCGAAAUGUCCUCAGUCUGCUCAGCUUGUCCUCUGACGUGCUCUCUCAGGCGGCCUCUAAGGAUGACAGCGUCUCGCACAGCAACGGCGGCACGGAGCAGCUUCCCCUGCUGGCUGAUUUGGUGCUUUAUUACUGCAGACAUGCAGACCAGCCUGUUCUGGUGCAGCUCUACCAGGUUGAGCUCACCCUGGUUGGAGGAGAGAGGAGAAGAGAAGUGUUUAUUCAGUCUCUGGAGCUCGGACACACGGCUGGAACCAGAGCUGUGAAGGCCAUGGGUGCUGCCAGCAAAAGGUUUGGCAUUGAUGAAGAACGAGAGGCUGUCCCUCUAACACUAAGCCUUGCGUACAACAAGGUGGCAAUCAGUGGGAGGAGCCAGUGGAUCAAUAAAGAAAUCAUGUGCACAUCGAUUAAUCUUCACAAACAGUGGAGGACACCUCAGCAGCUCGAUUCAGCAGAGAGCCUGCAGCUCACAAUGACCGAAGUCCUGAAGAGGCAGUGCUCCAAGUCCAAAAAGGGCUACAAACAGCACAUCUCAGUCUCAGAAGUGAAGGUGGACAAGAUGCAGGUGAACGGGAGAGAUCCCGGGACGACGUUUGCUGUGUGUUUGGAUCAGGAUGAGAAGAAGUUUAUUCAAAGUGUCACCAGGUGUGAGGUGUCUCCGUGCUGUAAACCCGGAAGCGGUUUGGACUGGAGGACCUACAAGCCGCUGCUGGGCCAAGUUCAGCCUCUGCAUCCGUCCUACUGCUCUAUGCUCUGCCUCCCCAUCACCUCUUUCUCGUCCUCGUAUCCAUGACGGGCUCGGUGCCGCACUGAAGAAGAAGAAAACUGUGGGAGUCUUUCUAAUGCUGGGAUGUUUGAUAAACAGACUGACAAAGGGUGACAUUUUUUCAGGUGUGCGCCGCAAUUGAGGUUAAGGUGUGCCGCCCUGUUGAUGAGGAAGUGUACGCGUCUUUUUCUUCUGACACACUGGCGCGCUCACUGCAUACUGAGGAAUGUGGGUGGGUGUACUUGUCGGCAUGUUGGGGGAUUUUACAGGUUCUUGUCUUACCAGCACUGUUUGUGCUGGUUGGGGUGGGGGGGUGUGGGGGGUCUGCUGUGGGUGAUUUGAAAACUGAUUACUUGAGUACUAAUGUGUACAUUUUCAAGUCAAUAAUGUUGUGUAAUAAACUAAGCUAUUUAUUUUCA